ACUAGAGGGCGCUAAGGAAUAGUGACGUCACUCUCUUUCCGGGUUGGUUUUGACAACUGAGAAACGGAAACAAGUAAAAAGCUCAAUGAUUUUUGGAACGCUAGGAGUUGCAGUAUAAUCAUGGAGUCGAAUACUUCUGUUAUUCCGCAACUAGUGGAGAGUUUUAAGCAGAAAAACUCUGCCUUUUUAAAUAGUUCUUUGGCAGGGGGUGAAUGUAGUAAUAAAUUACACACCAAUAACAACCAGAAAGAUAUCGCAGUAGAUGAUCAGACGUGGAGUUCUCUCUUUACAGAUGCAUUCUGUCAUGUUUGUGGUGCUGACUUGCAGUUUGAAUCCCAGAGAGUUUCACAUUAUGAGGGGAAAAAACAUGCUCAGAAGGUACGUCUUUACUUUCAGUUGCAUAGAGAGCUGAACGAUGAUGUCCAAGUGAGCACAAAACCUGAACAAAUUAAUUUUCAGGAUGAUCGGAGUGGAAAAGUUGAUAAAAAUAAGUUCUGCAGUCUUUGCAAUAUGGUGUUCAGUUCAGCAGUUGUCGCUCAGUCUCAUUAUGCUGGAAAAAUUCAUGCAAAAAACAUUAGAAAAAUGGGGGAAUUGGUGCAGAAGACUCCAGAAAACUUUCCUCUGUUAAAUGUUUUGGCAGAGUUCACAAGCAGCAACACUGCUGAUGCUAGCUCAGCAGAUGUGAUAUUGUCAGCAGCUAAUGAGGAGGAUGAUUCCCUGAUUGUUAAACCUGUAUCUGUCACACAGCACCCCAAGAAUGGUAUCAGUCAAGAAGCCGAUAGUGAGGCACCAUUGUCAUCCAACACCAAUACUCAGGAUUUGGAUGACCCCAAUAAAUACUGCAAACUUUGUUCUGCUCCUUUUACCCAUCCAUUAAUGGCUCAGCAGCAUUACACUGGAAAAAAGCACAAACGAAAUGAAGCUCGGAAAAAGAUGCUUGAGGAACUAGGGGAGGAUGCUUUUCUUUCAGACAGCAAUUCUACUAUUGGAGUUGGUAGCUAUAUUUGCCCAGUCUGCAGUGUUACUCUGACAUCAAUAGAGAUGUAUCAGUCCCACAUGCAGGGAAAUAAACAUCAUCUUAAAGAGUCAAUAGUUGUUAAUUUAAUGAAGAAUUCAAAGAAGAAGUAUGAUUCUUUCCAGGACGAAUUAGCAGAUUACAUUAAAGUACAGAAGGCAAGAGGAUUGGAGCCAAAAGUGUCUUUCAGGACAGCUGAAGAACAUGGUGGUUAUAACAGUGAUGAAGAGGAUGAAAUUUCAAGUAUUUCUGGAGAAGUUGGACAAAGUAGCAGGAGCGCACAGAUGGAGCAUUUGUGCACUCAUUCAGAAGGUCCUAUGUUGUAUACUGCAAUUAAAAGUCAAGUGUAUAGAGGAUCUUUGCAUAAUAAUCAUGUGGAGAUGGAAUAUAAGCAAAACCAUCAUCUUAAAGUAGACUGCAGUCAAGAUAAAACAAUUCCUUUGCCAAACUCUUCUUUAGGAGAUGGCCAAGAUUCAUCAGAGACAGACUCUUCUGAGCACCAAGAACAUGUAACCUCUGACAACAGCAGUGGUUCUUGUAAAAGAGAAGGUAGACUUAGUCGGAGAAACAGAAAGGAGAAAUGGAGGAAGGACUGGUAUUUGAAAGGAGAUGCUGAAGACUCAAAACACAAAAAGAAGAGGUACAGUGAUUCAGAUUCAGAAAAAGAAGAGAAACAUAGACAUAAAAGACUAAAGAGGUGUAAGCAGGCUACAGAAUCUAGUGAGGAGGACAGAGUGAAACACAAGAAACAAGGGAAGAACAAGCACAAGGUACCAGCUGAUAAAGUUAGAACAACAAAACGCACAAAGCACAGAAGAGAGAAGAAAAAGAAAGAAGAACACGAAAGAACUGAGGAAGAAAUAUUAUGGGAUGAAUCUAUUUUGGGUGUGUGUUAGCACAUGUAAAAAGUUUACCAAGAACAAAAAAUAUUUUAACAAAUUAUUAUAAUUAAAAUGAAAAACAUCUUAUUUGCUGCUUUUCACAGUGUCACAUAUACGUUAGAGUCACUAAAAGUUUAUCAGAAUUUGAAUUUGUAUAACAUGGUAAAGAUUGGAAUCCCAUGUAAACUUCAUGGCUUUGAGAAACAGGGCAGUAUAUACAGUGCUAGCUUACGUUCUUGUUAAUUAUGUAAAUUUUGGGGUGGAUAUUUAGCCAUUGUAAGAGCUGAACUUCUAACUAACCAGUGCCAUUUGUUGUGUAGCCUUUCCUCAUUUUUAGUAGUCUUUCUUCCAUUUCUGUAAGCUAAUUUUUGUCUUGCACUUUUGCUUUAUUCUGUUGGCUGUCAUCCACAGUUUUUGUCUUCCCACAGUGCUACCAUUAUUCAUUGAGCUGUAUGUUGUUUCACCAGUAUUUCAUUCACUGUUUAGCUUGUUUUCUAACAGUUGAAUGUAAAAUGUAUUUGCCAAUUUUUCAGACUUGGUUUGUAAAGCAGGUUAGAAUAUAGGGACAGGUAAUCUUGAAAAUUAAACAUUUCCAUUUAUA